CCAGCAUUUAGAAGGUCGGCCAGAGAACUGCCAUGAGUUCUAGGCAAGCCUGGGCUACAUAUCGAGUACCAGGCUAGCCAAGAGACACACGGCCAGUCCUUGUCUCUAAGAACAAACAACGAAAAAGGCAACUGGGGUUUUCAAGGCUCGUUCACAAAAGCCGACUGCGGUCCUCCAGCAGGCAGGGGGCGCGUCAAGAUAGGGCUUCUUCCCAAUGUCUCACCGCACGGUCUUAGCGCGGGUCCUUGUUGCUAGGAGACGAGAAGCAUCGUUCCUCAGGGGCGCCGAUCUCACGUUUAGCCCCCGCUCUGUUGCCCCAGGACUGAGGCGUAACUGGGGUCCCCCUGCCUUAGCUCCCGAAGGCCGGUCCAGGGCAUCGCUUUCGUCCGCACGCGGUACAAGCCGAGGCUCCGUGCCUGGACCACCGCCCAGCCAUGCCUAAGAAGGGAAAGAAGCCCAAAUUACCCCUGUCGGAUGAGGAGCAGCUGCUUCUGUUUCAGCAGAAGGUGCUGUCGGAGGAAGAGGCAGCCAAGAAGAAAGAGAGGCUCCUCAGCCAGUUCUUGAAGGACAAGCUGGCGAAAGAGGAACACAACAGUGCUCUGAACCUUAAUAAGAUUAACACACAGUGGAGAACUGUCCUUAGGGAAGUCAAGACCAGAGAGCUUCAGAAGGACAUUGAGAUUCUCAGCCAGACAUUUGAACGAGUGAUAGACUGUAAGGACAGUGUUAUCAAGUCUUUAGCUAAGGACCUGACGGAGGCUGAGGAGCAGUAUGCCCACGCCCUGCGUAGUCACUUACACAACAUUGACCAGCUCCUGACUCUGCAGAGACGCCGUCUCAGCCUCCUGGAGGAAAGCUACAACAUGGAGCUAGAGGUUCUAACUAAAGAGUUUGAGACAGAAAGGAAGACAAUCAUUGACCAACAUGACAAAGAGAUUCACUAUCUACAAGAUAUCUGCAUGGCCAUGGAACAGAACUACAUAGAUUCUGAGUAUGAAAGCAAUCUGGAGUUCCAAAGCAUGUGGGAUGAUCUGAAAAACAAGAAUUUAGAAGAGAAGCAUUUUUUACGACUGAGACUAGAGAACAUAGUGGAAGAUCUGUGGAGAAGAUUCCAGGAUGCACUCAAGAACUAUACAGACGCCACAGAGGAUCGGAAGAUUGCGUUUGAGACCCUCAGGGUAAAGGAUGAGAAAAGCGCCAAAGAGAUUCAAAUGCAGAUGAAGAGAACACAGAAACUGCAGGAGGCCAUAACUGCUUUGAAAGGAAAGAUCUCAGCACACAGCCAUGACAGUGAAGAGCAGAACCAGAGUAUCCGCAGUGACAAGGAGCUGGUCCGUGUACAACUUCAAAAACUUAAGGCCCAAAGGACGCAGGCUCGAGUAUUAUCUCAGGAGAACUUAGUUAAACUCACCCUGGAAAGUAAUGCCACCCUCAAGAGCCUGAGAAAGAUUGUGGAUAAGGGUGAAAAGAUCCUUAAGCUUGCAGAAAUAUGCAGGAAAUUUGAGACAGAAGAAGAGAAAGUGCUGCCUUUCUAUUCCUCGGCACUGACUCCAAAGGAGCGGGAAGAGGUAAAGAAACAGAACCUGGAAGAGCUCACAGACGAGAUGGCCAAGGUUACGAUGAACUAUACAGGGAUGGAGAACUUCUGGAAAAGGUACAAUAAAGUGAAACUGGAGGUACUGAGUCUCCAACACAGACGGGCCCAGCUGUUAGGUAUCAGCGGGACGCUGAAGGAGAUGCUCAAGCGGUACUUAGAUGGUAUCUCAGUGAGUGAUGAAGGGUUGAGCCAGCUCAAUCCCCUCUUCAUAGUCAACCAUCGAAGCAACUUGCCCCAGCCCUUGCCCACACCUGCAGCUCAGUCUGGUGAAAUACAACCUCCAACCACUUACAACAUCAUUGAAGCAGCCCAUGUUAUCUCCCACACCCUGUGAUCCAAAGAGGAACCCUCUUUCCAAACCCCAGAGAACUUAAAAAAGCAAACAGAAACACUUGAGUGGGUUGCUAUUAAAGACUUCCAUGGCGGUGCCCAGUACUCUGCCCAGCCCAAUACCCCCAUGCAGUAUACUCAAUAAAUCAUUCUUUCAAACAAAAGAAAAACUUCCAUGUAGUUUAUAAGUUCCUUUAAAACAAACACACAUGCACGCACACACACACACACACACACAAACCAGGGUUUCAUGUAGUCUAGGCAGGCCUCAAAUUCCUUAUUUAGCAGAGGAUAGCCUUGAACUUCUGAUCUGCCUCCCCCUGCUGGGAUUGUAGUGUAUAUCACCAUGCUGAUUUUGUUGGUGCUGGGGAUCCCAGGGCUUUUUUCUUGUUUUUGGUCUUUUUGAGACAGGGUCUCUCUGUAGCCCCAGGUAGCCUGGAACUCACUGUGUAGAUCAGGCUGGCCUUGAACUCACAGAGAUCCACCUGCCUCUGCCUCAGGAGUGCUGGGAUUAGAGGCAUGCAGCCACCAUGCCCAGCAAUCCCAGGGCAUCUUAAGUGCUAAUCAAGCACUCCACCAACUGAGCCACAUCUCCAGCCUCUAUGAGUUACCCUAUUAUCCUCUCCAUAUUGGACACACCAGUCUGUUUCAAGGAUACUAGGAACACUGCAGCCCCAGGGAGAGAAGAAAAUUCCUAGACAGCUACUAGGAGGUGAAAUAUGGCACCAUGGGAGCAAAACCAACACCUUAAAGACCUAGAGGUCCUGUGAGUAGAUUCAAGACCAGUUCCUUGGGCUAAAUGGGCACAGCAAGAGUAGGCCAGGAGAGGAGAUGAUCCAAGGCCUCCAACCACCCUAUCUCAGAACUGGAAGAUCCAGUUCUAGAAUGCCCUUCUUUCUCUCUGCACCUUAUUUCUAUUUGUUUUGUUUUUUUGAGAUUUGUUUGUUUUGUUUUAUUUUGUUUGAGACAAGGUCUUCCUGUAGCCCCAGCUAGCUUGGAACUCACUAUGCAGACCAGGCUGGCUUCAAUCUCACAGAGCUCCAUCUACCUCUGCCUCCUGAGUCCUGAGAUUAGAGGCAUGCAUCAACCAUGCUCACCAUUUUUCAUUCCUAUUUAUGAAAGCAGCCUCCAAAGUAUCAGGUGAGCAGAGCAUGGUGGUACACAUCUGCAACAGCAUUCAGGAAGCUGAGGCAGGAGGAUCAUGAUCCCAGGCCAACCUUGGCUAUAUAGCAAAUUUAAG